UGGGAUAAUUGGACCUGGGGGCCAAUUUCUUUUUCUUUUCCCCUCGUGGGUUUUCGUCGGUUUGGGUGUACGAAGUUGGAGCUGCAUGGUUGCCGGGGGAGCUUGUCUUGCAAGGUUUUCGAGGUUUGUGAGUUUGCAUCUGGAUUGAGGGCGGGGCGUAGUUUGGGAGUGCUUGAAGGUGUUUUAAUGAGGGGACGGGAGUGGGGAGUUUUUGAGACGAUUUAAGAACUUGAGGAGGUGAGUUUGUCAGUGUUGCAAUAGGUUUUUAGAGGGGAGGAGUUGGAUUGAUAAGUGGGGGAGAAAGAGAGAGAGAGAGAGAGAAAUUGAGUGGGGGUUGUCGAAUUGAGAAUGUGGUUUGAUGUGGCGGGAUGGAGAUGUAAUUGCGUUGAGGGAGAGACGGGGAGGGAUUUGGUGGUGGGAGGAGAAGAGUGUGAGGAGCGGGAGGGUGUCGAGUGGAGGUCGUAGAGGAGGUGGAGGAGGAGGAAUUGUGUUGGCUUGAAUCGAGGGUGGAGAGUUUAGAAAAACUAACAGAUGGCUGCAGCAAAUGAUAGGAGGGGAAGCAGGGGUUUGGGAUUGUCGUUGAAUUUGCCGAGUCGUCAAUCGCCGAGACCUCCUCCUGUUCCGCAGCCAUUGCCGCUCCCUCCGCCUUCAUUGGAUAGUAGGUACAGCAACUCUAGUAGGGGAUUGGGGAGUGGGUAUGCACAGGGGAGGGGUGUGGAAUUGAGUGAUCUGGAGAAAAUGAAUUUGCUAGGGGCGGGGAGUGGGGGGAAGGUGUAUAAGGUGCGGCAUCGAUGGACGGGGAAGGAGUACGCGUUAAAGAUCAUCCAAGAGAAGCACGAGCUGGCGGUGAGAAACCAGAUCAUGCGGGAGAUGGAAAUUCUGCAAAUUUCCAAGUCGCCGCAUCUAGUGGAAUGUUAUGGUGUGUUCGACCGAGGGGGCGAAAUUUCCUUCGUUCUGGAGCACAUGGAUGGAGGCACCUUGGCGGAUGUGCUGAAACACCACAAGAAAAUCGGUGAGCGCUACUUGGCGGAAGUGACGAAGCAGGUGCUCUUGGGAUUGCUCUAUCUCCACAAGCACAAAAUUGUCCAUCGGGAUAUUAAACCUUCCAAUUUGUUGCUCAAUCGUAAGCAAGAGGUGAAGAUUGCCGACUUCGGCGUGAGCACCGUGUUGGCGAACACACUCGCGCAGUGCAAUUCGUUCGUUGGAACUUGCGCGUAUAUGAGCCCCGAGCGAUUCGAUCCGGAUGGCAAUGGCGGAGAGUAUGGAUACGCAGCCGAUAUCUGGAGCCUCGGCUUGACGCUUCUGGAGUGUGCCAUUGGACGCUUCCCUUGCUUACAACCUGGGGAGAAGCCAGAUUGGCCUACCUUGAUGUAUGCCAUAUGCUUGGGAGAACCUCCUGCCCCGCCACCAGAUGCUUCUCCCGAAUUCCGCAGCUUCAUCAUCUUGUGCUUGCAGAAAGAAGCUGCUCGCCGGCCUUCAGCUGAGAUGUUACUAUCACACCCCUUUGUGAGAAAGUAUGAAGGGCGGCCUGGUGUUAUCUCAGCAUUACUGCAAGGUCCGGUGUUGUGAUGCAUCGGAAAAGAUACCGUAUGUCUUUCUUUUUUUUAAUUAUUUUUUACUUUUUUUCUUAUUUUUUUAAUUUUGUAGAUGUUGUAGAGGAGCCCUUCUCUGCCGGAAGGUUAGGUCCGUAUGGGUUGGAGAUGAAAGGAAGUGAUCACUGGGACCAUUUGAAUGUCGAGUUUCUCUCUCUUUUGGUUCUUCCGGACCUACAUUGUCAAUACCAGUCAUAUUCUCAUCUCUUCGCAUCAACGCAUAUUUGGCAAAGAGACGAUCUGAUAGUUUCAUCACCUUGGUUUGUUAACUCAGUUGUGUUUCUUCUUUCAAAUUGAGAAAAAGAGGUACAAUUCAACGAAUGGCCCCUUCAGUUAA